UGGGAGUUAUCACGUUGAGUAUUUGAGAGUCGGUUGUUAAGGGGCAAUUGGCCAAUCCGUAAAAACCGUUAACGUUAGAAAACUUUUUUUCUCGUCUUACAUACUCCAGUCUCCAAUAUUGCAUACAUAUACCUAAACUCCUAUAUAUACGUAUAUAAGUCAACUUAACUAGGUACACUUAGUGUCUGUGACUCUACGGAUUACAAACCAAGCGAUUCUGUUCCGUACCGGGUACAUUUGUCAUUUACGUGCGCGGUGAACCACUCCCGAUAUAAAUAAUUUUUUUCUUUGUGGCAUUGAUAAUAUAAAAGUUGAAGAACAAAAACAUUAACGAUGGCGGUAAAUGUCUAUGCGACUAAUGUGACAACAGACAACCUCAGUAGACAUGAUAUGCUUGCAUGGGUUAACGAUUGUCUGCAAUCAUCUUUCACGAAAAUUGAAGAAUUAUGUACGGGUGCUGUUUAUUGCCAGUUCAUGGACAUGCUCUUCCCUGGUUGUGUACCUUUAAAGAGAGUCAAAUUCCGUACUAACUUGGAGCAUGAGUACAUACAGAAUUUCAAAAUUCUACAGGGAGCAUUUAAAAAAAUGAACGUCGAUAAGAUUGUACCUAUCGAUAGGCUGAUCAAAGGUCGUUUCCAAGACAACUUUGAGUUCUUGCAGUGGUUCAAGAAAUUCUUUGACGCAAACUACUCCGGAAACGAAGCUUACGAUGCACUCGCAAUGCGGGGUGGUGAACCCAUGGGUAGUGGCGGAAGUAACGUACCACGCGGUUCAGGCAUGAUCAAACGGCCCUCACCACGCGAUCCACCUGCUUCUAAACCCAUUGCGCGUACCGGUGAUAUUCCUGUAUCAACAAUUUCUUCAGCUGCAGUGAAGAACGCAACAAAGCCUAUAAAUAAAAUUCAACCCACCCGUCAACCAAUAAAACAAACCAUCGGCAGUCGUGGAGAUAAUGGUAAAGUGGAUGAGCUCACUUCGCAGGUUUCUGAACUCAAAGUAACAAUUGAUGGGUUGGAGAAGGAACGAGAUUUUUACUUUGGUAAAUUGCGAGAUAUUGAAUUGAUGUGUCAAGAGACUGAGGAAGACCAACCACCAAUCGUACAAAAAAUAUUGGAUGUUCUUUAUGCUACCGAGGAGAAUGGAAAUAGUCACGAUGACAUCGCAGAAAAUUAUUAAUCAUCCUUGUCGGUUAUCUUUCAUUUCGCAAAUUAAAGGAUGGUUUUGCACCACCAGAAGAAUUGGAAGGUGAUGGUCUUGCUCCAGAUGACGAAGAAUAUUAACCAAACUUAGAUAAUCAUCACCACCAUCAUCAAUUUACUCAAUCAUCAAAACAGCAGUGAAUUUUAAUAGCGUUACUGUACGCUAUCAUUCGUGAGCCAGUAAAAAAAAUCUACCACCUUUCGCGCAUUAUUAAUAAUAUCUAUUAAUUUAUCAUUUAGCUGUUUAGCAUUAUCCAGACAUUCUUUUCAUACUCACAAUAUUUGAGUUAAAACUAAAUUGCAUUUUGUAUAAUUAUCCGAACUAUUUAGAAAAUGAAUUUAAAAAAAAUAAUAAAUACACCAAUAAUAGAUUACAAUUGUAUCAAAACCAAAUUAUGUGUUAGAGAGUCAACAGACUUAAUUAGUAUGUGAGACGUGAUAGUGUAACUUUUUUUUUUUUUUUUUUUUAAGCAUUUACUUUUACGUGUGAUCCUGCGUUCUAUGAUCUUUGUAAAAAAAAGAUGAUGGGGUUCACAAAUAUUAGAGUCGGAACAAAUUAAAUAUAAUGUUAAUGCUGCUGAACAAACCUUGUUCUUCGUGCCUAAGAUUUAUAAUAUUCUUUGGUAAUUUAUGUUAAUUUUAUUAUUCAAUUUCUGUGUUUUUUUUUUAUUUUAAUCAUUAAUUACAUUGUAAAGUUUUCACAAAAAUAGAUUGGUUUCAAUUUCUUUUGUAAAUUGUUUCUUUCCGUUACAUUUUGUUCGACUAUCACUCAUAAGUAAUUGUUAAUUUUUUAUAUCAACAAUAAUAACUAUAAGAGCACGCUACGCCACACGAAAUAACUUCGUAUAAAUGUGACGAGUGAUUGUGAUUCAUUUGCAUUUUUUAAAAAUUAUUUACAUAUAUUAUAAGUACUUUCACUGUUUUCAAUUGUCUAAAUUAAUGGUAGCUUGUACAGAAAAUUUAGAUAACUUAGAUCUGAAAAUAUUCAAAUAUACAUAUAGUACUCAGUCAUUUUAAAAACUAUAUGGCUCUUCUAUAAAAGUAUCGAUAAAAUAAUUAUUAAAUGUAAAAUUGAAUUAUGAAUUUAAUGUCGAUGGAAUCACCGUCGAAUAGAAAGCAAUUCAUUUUUGGUUU